AAAUUCUUGUAAAUUGAUAAGCACUUAUAACUUUUAAACAAUAAAAAACAAAUAUUAAAUCGUAAUUUACCUUAUGAGGCAAAAACAAAAUCUCUGUACUUUGCCCCAGAUAAAUUAUCGAGAUUAUAAAUGGCGGUGAAAACUUCUCGAUUUGAAAAAUGUUUUGCCUUAAUUUAGAAAACUUUUUAUUUCUAUAUUUAUCACUUUGGACAGUUGCAAAUGGAUCCGAUUCUUCAAAAAUGGAAUGUUCUAAACCACAGUGUUUUAUUUAUAAUAAGAGGAAUGCUUCAAUUGAAGUGAAGGUCCGGUACAGUGAACUCAAAAAAUCUACAGUAACCACUUUCUGUUUUGGAGGUCUCCUUAAGUCAGUGUUACAUUUGUGGAUAAACCCUGUACUACAUAUAGCUAAAAGUGAAGCAUCUCUCAAUGAAACAAGUAAAUUCAUCACCUAUUAUGGAACUUCUGUAUCUGAUGUCCAUGAAAAGAGCAAACGACAAGGAUAUGUUGUCAUGCAGGUAAUGAAAAUGUGUUUAUUCGUUGUUGUAAUUAACAAAGAUGAUAUAGAUAAUUUACCAUGA